CACUGAUUCUUUCUUCUUUUUUUAAACCAGGAAUUCAUUAACAUGCGGUUUAAAAGUGUAACAGAAUACAGUAUGGAGGCAGUCCAAUCGCUAAACGACGGUGAUCUACUUUAGAAAUAACAGAUGUGGCAGAGGUUACUUUUCAUUUGAUACACUUUUACCACCACGUUGUGUCUCACGGCUCAAUGGGCGUAACAAGUCUCCAAACUGUCAGCUGAGUCAAAGUAAACCAUUCGGUUCCUCGGGUUGAACAGAGUAGCCUACCUAAAGGCCUGUUGAGUGCUGACGUGUAGACUACUAUGAUACAUGAGCUGUCAAACCGCAAGCUUUAUUUCCAGAUAACUUCUUUGUGUAAUAGUUGUCUAAGUUCCUCAUCUGCGCUCAGAGACGCCAGCAUGGCAGUGCAAAGUGUUUUCUACUGCAUGCAUGCCUGCGUGGUCCUGCUGCUCUGCUUAUCUAUAGCCCUGCCUGCUGCCUCACAGUCGAUCAGAAAUUACUAUGAUACUCUCAAUGUUGAGCCAGCAGCAACUGACAGCCAGGUAAAGAAGGCUUUCCGCAAACUGGCUGUAAAAUACCACCCAGAUAAGAACAGAAGCGCCGAUGCAGAGAAGAUUUUCAGAGAAAUAGCUGAAGCCUACAUGGUGCUCUCCAACAAGGAGAAGAGGAAACUGUAUGACAGUGUGGGCCAUGAUGCUUUCCUAAAAAACGAGGCCUCUGAGGAUGAACAUGCUGAGACAAGCUCCCACUUUGGAUUUGAAGACCUCUUCCAUGUCUUCGAUGAUAGUCCCUUUGUGGAGGAGUCAUACUUCCACUGGAGCUUUCCCCAGGAUGGGGAGGAUGAGAAUGGUCCAUAUGAAUAUUACUCAUUUGAAGGGCCUGGUUUCAGCUUUUACUUUGACAAUGACGAUGAAAACGAAGAAAACUACUACUAGCUACUAGAUAUCCAGUAUAUUUGUCCUGUUUGACUGUUUUAAUAUAUUGUCU